AUGUCGAGAUUACUCACCGACAGGGUAGAACCACCCCCAAGUAGUGCCUGUGGCGUGCCUGAGAGCGACCACAAAGCUUCCUCUUCUAGCUUCUCCUUUGCCUCUCGGCAACCAAUCACCACGUGGAAACUGGAUAUUUUUACCAAUCAGAACCCCAAGAUGACUUCUAGCUCUCCCCCCACCACACCUCCCCAAAACCCUGCACCCCAAAUCUCCAUCCCACCUCCUCUGCCUCCUGUUCCCUCCAGUUUUACUUUUGUACCUACCUCUUCGAGCCUCCAGGCCCCUGUUCCCCCACCACCCCCACUGCCACCUCCACCCCCUGCUUCAGGGCCUGCUCCCCCACAUGUCUUCGGCCUGGAAAAGAGUCAGCUCCUGAAGGAGGCCUUGGAGAGAGCCGGCCCUGUCCCCACUGCCAGAGAGGACGUCAAGAGGCUUCUGAAGCGGCACAAGGAGCGUUUCAGAAGUGACUUGCAGUGGAUCCUCUUCUGUGCCGAUCUGCCCUCCCUCAUCCAGGAAGGCCCUCAGUGUGGGCUGGUGGCCUUGUGGAUGGCAGGUACUCUACUGGCACCCCUCAACAGUGUUCCCCUGGAGAGAUUUGUGCAAGUGGCACUGGAACGAGGCUACACUGCCCAAGGGGAGAUGUUCUCUGUGGCCAACAUGGGUAAACUGGCCCAGGAAGUGCUGGGCUGCCAAGCAGAGCGGCUGUGUGGAGGCCUGGGUGGUGCCAACAGAGAUCGAGUCCUGCAGCACCUCAUUGCUGGAUACCCCCUGCUCAUCCCCUACGAUGAGGACUUCAACCAUGAGCCAUGUCAGAGGAAGGGCUACAAAGCCCACUGGGCAGCUAGUGCAGGACUCCUGCUGGGUGUGCCAGGCGUGCCAGGCUGUGGCUAUGCUGAAGACCCCGAGCUGGGGGGCCUGUUCCACCCAGUGCCCGGCACACCCUGCCCACCACCACCCCUGCCUGAGGAAGACUCCCCAGGUGCCAUCUACCUGCUCUCCAAGCAGGGCAAGAGUUGGCACUACCAGCUGUGGGACUACGACCAGAUCUGCAAGAGCAACCUGCAGCUGACAGACUUCUCGCCAGUGCGGGCUGCAGAUGGCCGGUCGUAUGUGGUGCCUGCUGGUGGGGUGCAGGCUGGCCUCUGCGGGCAGGCCCUACUUCUCAGACCGCACAGCACAGGCCGUUAG